GACCCCGAAGCCUUCAUGCCUGGCGAGCCCACAAUCCAGACGCUUGAACAGAUCAAGAUCUUGGUUAUUGGAGCCGGCGGACUGGGUUGUGAGAUUCUCAAGAACCUGGCGUUGUCGGGCUUCAAGAACAUUGACGUGAUUGAUAUGGACACCAUUGACGUCUCUAACCUGAACCGCCAAUUCCUCUUCCGCCAGAAGGAUGUGGGCUCCCCCAAAGCCACAGUAGCCGCGGACUUCGUGAUGAAGCGAGUGCCAGGUUGCCAGAUCAACGCAUACGUUGGCAAGAUACAGGAUAAAGACGAAGACUACUACAUGCAAUUCCACAUUGUCGUUUGUGGACUGGACAGCAUCGAGGCGAGAAGAUGGAUUAAUGCUACGUUGGUGGGAAUGGUGGACAAUGAGAAUCCAGACAGUCUCAAGCCUCUCAUUGAUGGAGGCACCGAGGGCUUCAAAGGGCAGUCGAGGGUCAUCUUUCCGACGAUGACUUCUUGCAUCGAAUGCCAACUAGAUAUGCAUGCUCCUCGAGCGGCCGUCCCGCUUUGCACGCUGGCCACGGUCCCGAGACAGCCCCAACAUUGCAUUGAGUGGGCGCAUAUCAUCAAGUGGCCGGAACUGAGAAAGGACGACUUGCUGGAUACUGAUGAUCCGGAACACAUCACAUGGCUCUACCAACUCGCUCUCCAACGUGCCAAGGAAUACGGCAUUGAAGGUGUCACGUACUCCAUGACCCAAGGUGUGGUCAAGAAUAUCAUCCCAGCAAUUGCAUCGACAAACGCCAUCAUUGCUGCAAGUACUUGCAAUGAAGCUUUCAAGAUUGCCACCAACGCGGCCUCUUUCCUCGCCAAUCCCGCUACUCUUCCCCCAGGCGUCGACCCGGAGACGUACGAUCCCGAAGACGAAUUCGCACCUGCGCCCAACAAUUACAUGCUCUAUACUGGCGACAACUCGAUCUACACAUAUACUUUUGGACAUAAGAAGAAGCCGGACUGUCCAGUCUGCGGCAAUCUUCCCAAGGACAUCGCUCUGUCUGCGGAAUCGACUCUCGGUGACUUUGUUGAGAGUUUGGCGGAGAGACCCGAGGCACAGCUGAAGAAGCCCAAUCUGAGGUCGGAGGCGAAGUCGCUGUACUACAGUAGCCCGGAGGGAUUGCGGGAGCAAACGGAGGCAAAUCUGCUCAAGAAGAUGACGGAAUUGGUCGAGGAGGGCGAGGAGAUUGCAGUGAGUGAUCCGGCAUUGGCGGGAAUCGACCUGAGGUACAAGGUGCGGUUCUCGUAGGAAUGAAGUUAUGAUGAAGGGAAGAAAUGCAAGCUGGAAGAGAACACCAGGGGCUCUCCGAAAGCCGCCUGUGCCGUGUAGCACGCACGCCGCGAGAGCGAGAUGCAGUGAACAUGGUUUCAGCCGGAAAAUACACGACGAAAUGUUUCACAUGGCUUACGAACUAGCAUUGAUAUGCGCUUGCCCUCUACAUCAAGUCGAGUACCUCCGCCAGUCUAUCCGGAUAGAUGAGGAGGUAUAUGAAAAGAGAUUUAGCUCGUCGACACCAUCGAGUGUGAUGUGUAUUCUGUUUUGGUGUAUGCCCUUU